AGAGACUGAAAAAUGGACCGACUUCAUGAAAAAUAGAAAUCACAUGGCAGAAAUAUUGAAAUUAUGGAGAGAAAUACAGGUAAUAAAAGCCAGCGCUUAGAGCAGCGAAGAAAAAGAAAAAAAAGGCGAAAAUGACAAAGAAAAAAAAGAAAGCAGCAGCAAAGGAAGAAGAGGGAUCUCCUGCAGCCGAAGCGGAAAGACUCAAGAAUCAAAUGAUAAAGGAUAUGAUCGAAGAAAUUCGAUUAGAAAAAUUAAACAGUGAAAAUCAAGUUGAAUUAGAAGAAAAACAAAAUACAAUUAGAAGGAUUCAAUUGGAGGAAACUUUGCUUCUUAUUGCUCAAAAUAAAAAAUCUUUCGACGAUUAUGUGUUGGAAGAAAAAGACAUAGAAAACUGGCAGCAAUAUAUGACAUGUGAUGGAUUACCUGAUCCGGGAAUUUUGUCUGAAUUAAACACAUUUCUGUAUUUAUGGUCACUGGAUGAUGAGAAUGCGAGUAUGGAAACGAUUUCCAAGCACUGUGAAAUAAUUAUAUAUCUUCUGUCUAAACUAGAGGAUAAAAUAAAAUUCUCAACAGAGAAACCUGAAAUUUAUGUAGCUGACUGUAAAACUAUUCGUCAAGAACUUCGAAAUAAACUUCAAUUUUGGAUUGACGCAGCUACUUACAAACUUCUGCGACAUAUAGAGCAAGACAUGUUGAGAGUAGACUUGCGAAAUACUCGAUUUAUUCAGAAAUCAAUUCAUCUUGUCUGCUGUAUCUGGGCUCUAAUUCGUUUGCCAAUAAGCAUUAAACAAAUCGCUGAAAAGGACAGAAAAUCAAUAGAGGUAAAUUUUGAUGAAAUCAACUUAACUGUAAAAAUGCCGCCAGACAUCGAUUGCUAUUCAAUGGCUAUUAGAGGACUUUGGUUAAAUUAUGAUCAUUAUUCUGAUUUGGGCAUAUCUUACACAAUUCCCAAUAUUCCUGAAAAGUGUCAAAUGAAUAUGGAUCUACUUGCCUACUGUGAAUGUGAAUUUAAUACAAAGAAUGAAAUUCGAGAAGAGCAGAAAGAUGGUAGACAGUUGAGAUUAGAAGAGAAGAAACUGUUGCUUGAAAAACUAACUAAUCCACCACCACCACCGCAAAUAGUAAAAUCGGAGAAAAAGAACAAAACUGGAAAGAAGACGGAUUUUCAAAAAUCUCACAAGAAACAAGAACCGGAACCUGAUCCAGAACCUCUACCCUACUUACCAACUCCUGAUGAAAUUAUAAUUCAGUCUGAAGUUGACAAUAGGAAAGAAUUGCGACAAGCUUUGUUUACCAGAUGUGAGAAAACUCAGAUAAAUCUUCGAAAAUACCUCAUACUAGGCGGAAUAUACCAUAUUGAUUUAAUUUAUCAACCACCACAACCAAAAGACAUGAGACGGGAUAUGUUUCUUACAACUUUGCAAAUUCCCAAGAAAUUAAGAUUUGUGCCAUUCUCAAAGCCUUAUAUAGCUCCUCCAUCAGCUCCAGAAUCGGAAAGAACUCCGGAAGUAAUAGAAGCGGAAAUGAAAGCUUUGGAAGCAGCGAUGGAAGCUCUUGCACUAGUAACAUUAAAACUGCCGGAUUCAGUCCUUUGGUUCGAACCACCAUUAGUUGCACAUUGGAUUCCGGAAAAAAGAAUUUGGUCCACUAAUGAUGUUCACGAUAUAAAAUAUAAUGAGGAGAAACAAAUAAUAACUUUUAGAAGUGGUAGACUUGGAAUUCAUGGACUGGCGGCUUUUCGAUAUGUUAAUAUACCAUUUCAAAGUUGGGAGAUGAAACCUGAAUCUGGUAGAAGUACAGGGGGUGGUGUAAUUUUAAGUAUUACUGCAGCUAUUAUCCAAGCUGAGUUCAUAGUAAGGGAAGACUUGGUUUGCUUACACUCUCUGGUCGGAGGAACAACUAAUGCUUUACAAAAUAUUGUUAACCAGUACAUGAAACUUCAUUUGCUUAUAAAAAAAAUGCGGGAUGGAGGGUGUGACCUCUUUCCAGAAGAUGACGCAUAUAGCUACGUCAAAGGACUGCCUAUAAAACAUCCAGUUACUGAAAAACAUUUGCAAGCAUGCAUGGGUUUAUUGUGUACCGCAUAUACAUUCGCAUGGUCUCGAUGGAACGUAACUCGCGUCCCUCGCCAAAUUGUCAUUCAGAUCAAGGAACUACAUGGAUGUAUUGCUAAGCAGCAAACAAAUAUGACCUUGUUAGUAACUCCAGUUCAAACAGUGGCAGUUGAAUGUACGGAAGUCAGUCCAGAGUUCACUGAUAAGCCAGUGGAAGGUGAUGAUGCAAAGUUCUACUCUGAUCUUUAUCAUAUGGCCUUACACAAUGCUGGAAUCAAAAGUCGCAUUCUAAUGAAGAAUACAUCUUUCAUACUCGCUAGAACGGUCACUAAACUAUUACAAAAGACUAAUGUUAUUAGUAUGUCUUCUUGACACAUGAAAAUCGACUAUUUAUUUGAAUCAAAUAAUAAA